AAAACGACAAACAAAAAAUAUAAAUUUUACUAAUAAAGGAAAAGUGAAACGGGCGCGAAACUAAAAUAUAAUGGAAAAUAACUCAAUAUAAACGGGCGCGGAGAAAAAAUUUUAAAACAAUAAUAAAACAAAACUCAACAGCAACUACACCAGACGCAAUCUGAGGAGACAAGAGGAGGAGAGCAAAACCUGUAUGGAGACCCCUAUGCCCCCCAGAACUGCAAUACAAAUUGAUAUGGAUACCCCUGUAACUCCCACGCCAACUCUCCGUUCGGCUGUUACUGUGCCUCGCUCCGGAAAUGUUCCAGUAGCAGCGCCCCGAACCAUCACGGCAGCAACGGCGCCAACUGUGGCACGAAGCUCAACACGCGCAGCACCGACGCCGGCGCUUCCGAAACCGCACCGCACCAGAUGUCCGCUCUGUUGCCGUUCUCAUAGGCUGCAGCAUUGCUCUAUUUUCAAGGGAAUGUUACCCGUACAACGUCAGAAGGUGGCACAGGCACAUGGGCAUUGUUUAAAUUGCUUGGCCCAGUCACACGCCACGCUUGACUGCGAAUCUGAUACCUUGUGCCGGUUGUGUGAAAGACCGCAUCAUACGUUACUCCACCGGAACGCCGGACAUCCUGGCUCACCAACUGUCAUCCGCCGCCGUACGGCCACCCGACGAUCGCAGCCUAACCGUGUGGCACGGCAUCCAGAAGCUGGAUGGUCGUGGCGCCCCCUCAACACAACAUCCACGCGCAACCAAAUAAGGCCACAACCUCACCGCCCCACCGGCCUGAGCGGCGUUGUAGCUACGUUACAGGCACUACAGCGUCUACUAGACUAGCACUCGCCUAGGGGGGCCGGGAUGUUGAAAUGAACUCCAGGCGCCCGCACUAAUUAAAUUAAAGGGCAUCACUGAUCAGCGAAUACAACACUCUCCGCAUCAACAUGUCAAUUAGAAAAACAGGGCAUCAUACCAACGAGAAGGUGACGCUGUGCCGUUUUUUGUCCUACACAGUUCUAGAAGUCACGUUCGCCGCUACACACGCGCACCGUCUAUUUCAACUUUUUUCAACCUUGCAUCUUUGCACCCUCCGGUCAUUUUAUAUAGACAUUAUACGUUUGAUAUUUGGAUUUUUUUGGACAUUUUAUAUUGAGAUUAUUCGUUCGUUAUUUGGCUUCUACCCGGUUUAUAUACAUUUAACUUUGGCGUGGUAACGUUUAACCUUUCAGUGCUAUAACUAAAAGGAAAUUGGCGUAGUGUGCCCCUUACAUCAGAGAAGCUUUAUUCAGUGCUCGUGCUAGUGCUUAUUCGAUCAUCAACUCUUAGACACACGCAUUCGCCGAGGUUACCACCGCAAAAUACACGCACCGGCUGCCSUUUUCGAGGAAGUGGAUUCUCGCCCCAUUCAGUUUAAUAAACCUUCAAAUUUGUAACAUUACAA